AGAAAAAUCACAGUUUACCUAUAGGGAUAAAAAUCAAAUGAAAACAGAUCUUUCACUAGAAACCACAAAGGCACAACAUUUUUCAAGUAGUGAAAUAAAAUAAUUUUUAACCCACGGAAAUGACGUCGGCAGGAUAGGAAGUCCUAGUCCCUUGUUCUCCCACAGAGACAUCAACUAAACAUUUUGUGAGAAUUCCAGACGCUAAGAGGUUGUAGCACACCAGCUCUGCCUCCUCUGGCUUCUGUCCCUCCCCAAGGAAGAACCCCACAGGAAGGAAGGAGAAGGCAAUGGCUGCUUGGCCUCUGCCAUUGGGAGCUCGGUUUCAGGAGUCAGUGACCUUCAAGGAUGCGUCCAUAGAUUUCUCUUGGGAAGAGUGGAUUCAAGCAGAUUCUGCUCAGAGGAUGACCAUGUAUGGGGAGGUGAUGCUGGAGAACUACAGGAACCUUGUCUCACUGGGAAAUCACCUUUCCAAACCAAAUGGGACUUCCCAGCUGGAACGAGAAGAACUGAGUCUGAUGCAAAAAGAACCGCCUGAGGGAGGCUUUCGAGAUUUUCUUGGAUAUUGCUGCCAGAUUAAUCUGACAUUUAGUCCUCUCAUUAUCCUAUCCCAGUCAAGAGGAGAAAGUGUUGACUGAAUGCUGUGCUCAGCUCUUCCGCAGCCAGCAUCUCACUUACUUGACACAAAACGUCUGUAGUUAAUAAUGAUAAAGACAAAUGAAGAAAAAGGAAAGCAGGCAAGGCACGGGGGCUCGCACCAGUAAUCCCAGCACUUUGGGAGGCCAAGACCGGGAGACAAGACUUGAAACCAAAGAGCCAACUCCAAAGCCCAGCAUUACUGAAGAUUUAUGCCAUGGGGUAACAAUGGAAAGGGAAGGUAUCUGGCAUUCUACUCUAGGGGAAACCUGGGAACCUAACAAUUGGUUAGAGGGACAACAGGAUAGUCAUCUGAGCCAAGUGGCAGUUACCCAUAAGGAAACCUUCACUGAGAGGAGAGUAUGUGGAGGUAAUGAAUUUGAAAGAUGUUCCAGGCAGGAUUCAAUCCUUGAUACACAACAAAACAUUCCUAUGGUAAAAAGGCCCCAUAAUUGUAAUUCACAUAGAGAAGAUGCCAAACAAAAUUCUGAAUUAAUUAAAACUCAAAGAAUGUUUGUAGGAAAGAAGAUCUAUGAAUGUAAUCAGUGCAGCAAAACCUUCAGCCAGAGCUCAUCCCUUCUUAAGCACCAGAGGAUUCAUACUGGGGAGAAACCCUAUGAGUGUAAUGUAUGUGGGAAACACUUCAUUGAACGCUCCUCCCUUACUGUACAUCAAAGAAUUCAUACUGGAGAGAAACCCUAUAAAUGUAAUGAAUGUGGGAAAGCCUUUAGUCAGAGCAUGAAUCUUACUGUCCAUCAACGAACUCACACUGGAGAGAAACCCUAUCAGUGUAAAGAGUGUGGCAAAGCCUUCCAUAAGAAUUCGUCUCUUAUUCAACAUGAAAGGAUUCAUACUGGAGAGAAACCCUACAAAUGUAAUGAAUGUGGGAAAGCUUUUACCCAAAGUAUGAAUUUGACAGUCCAUCAGAGAACUCAUACAGGAGAAAAACCCUAUGAAUGUAAUGAAUGUGGAAAAGCCUUCAGUCAAAGCAUGCAUCUUAUUGUACAUCAGAGAAGCCAUACUGGAGAAAAACCCUAUGAGUGUAGCCAAUGCGGAAAAGCCUUUAGUAAGAGCUCAACUCUUACCCUACAUCAGCGUAAUCACACUGGAGAAAAACCCUACAAAUGUAACAAAUGUGGGAAAUCCUUUAGCCAAAGUACGUAUCUUAUAGAACAUCAGAGACUUCAUUCUGGAGUAAAACCUUUUGAAUGUAAUCAGUGUGGAAAAGCUUUCAGUAAGAAUUCAUCUCUAACUCAACAUCGGAGAAUUCACACUGGAGAGAAACCUUAUGAGUGUAUGGUAUGUGGAAAACAUUUCACUGGACGAUCAUCCCUCACUGUGCAUCAGGUUAUUCACACUGGAGAGAAACCUUAUGAGUGCAAUGAAUGUGGAAAGGCAUUCAGCCAGAGUGCUUACCUUAUUGAACAUCAAAGAAUUCAUACUGGUGAGAAACCCUAUGAAUGUGAUCAGUGUGGAAAAGCCUUCAUUAAGAAUUCAUCCCUUACAGUGCAUCAGAGAACUCAUACAGGAGAGAAACCCUAUCAGUGUAACGAAUGCGGAAAAGCCUUCAGCCGGAGUACAAACCUUACACGACAUCAAAGAACUCAUACGUGAGGAAUGUUUUCACUGGCCCCUACAUCGUGAUUAACUCUUCAGUAAUAGUCAUAUGAGACAUACAAUGUAGAAACCUAAUAAAUGUAAUGAUUCUGGAAAUCUUUCAGUUGAAGUACAGUAUAUCAUAUCAGAUAAUACCACUGCAGAGAAUCCAUCUAAAAGUAGAGAAAUCUUGAUUCAGAAGGUAUAACUUACUUUAUUUCAGAAGGUUUAAGUAGCUAAUACAAACAAGACUCAUGCUGAAGAUAAGUUCUGUUAUAUCAUACUGCACAUUCUCCUUUGGCCAGCAGAGACUUUACACUGGAGAGAAAAAUGUGAGAGUGUUUAACUGGACAGCCAGAGACCUGGUGUGUAGUCCUAAUCUGCCACUGCCUUGGACAAGUUGCCUGCUUCCACCAGGUUAUGGUUCUUUAUUUGGUAAAUGAAUGAUUUUGGAGUUAGAAAUCUUGUAGGAGCUGUGUUAGCUCUAAAAUGCUACAACCCUAUAAAUAUAAUGAAUGCUGGGAAAUCUUUGUUCUUUUACAAUCUUAUGUGGUCUGUAUGCUGUCUAGAUGCUCUUGUUCCUCAAUCUGUUUUCCUUGGAUGCUUUUAGUCAAAAUUAUUUACCUUUACCAAUUCCUAGUACCCUUCCAUGCCCCUAAUCUUCCCCUGCAUUGUUAUUUUGUUCCCUAACUACAGGCUGGUUUCCAUAAAUUAAUGGAAUAAGUA